AUGGCGUCUACCCCCUCUUUAAUCCAUCUAGAUGGCACAACUCUCGAAGGUGGCGGACAACUCCUGCGAGUAGCCCUUGGCCUCUCGUGCCUUACCAGGAAGCCGAUACAUAUCACCAAGAUCCGGGGCAAGCGAUCUGGCGGCGGGGGACUGAAAGCCCAGCACCUGACUAGUGUCCAGUGGCUAGGCCAAGCAAGCCAUGCGUACGUUAACGGUGCAGAGCUCAAGAGCAAGGAGAUUACAUUCCUUCCAGGCAUUGCUCUUCAAAGCAACAGUCUUCUGGGCACCGGAGAGGUGCGGAUCCAACAGACAACUCCCGGAAGUGUCAACCUGGUGCUACAAGCCAUCCUGCCACACAUCCUCUUCUCCGGAGCGAAAUCUCCAGUCCGUCUCCGCAUAGACGGAGGAACCAAUGUCUCCAACUCACCAUCGACUGAAUAUAUCGCUCAAGUUCUUAUCCCAAUGCUCGAGCUAAUCGGCAUACCACACAUCACCAUCCAUAUCCAUUCGCGUGGCUGGUCACAAGGCGGUACAAGUAUCGGCAGCGUCACAUACACCAUCACACCCCUGAAAGCCAGACUACCAGGUUUCCAACUAGUCGGAAGGGGAGACAUCAUCAGCAUAACCGCAACAAUCAUAGCACCCGAAGAGACUGAAUGUCAGUUCAGCGAAGAGUUGGACAACAUGUACGAGCGACGAUUGCACCCCUUUGACAGUAACAGUAACGUCGGUGAAUCACGGAUAGAUACCACCGUCAUAUUCGAAGAUUCGCAUCACGACAAACGAUACUACCUCCUCCUCGUAGCAAUAACAUCUACUGGCAUGAAACUCGGCCGCGACUGGCUGUACGAUCGUGGUUUCAAGUCUGGCCAUCUCGAGCGCAUCAUACCGGCUAUCGUUAAGAAAGUCUCUGACGAGUUGUGGGCAGAAAUUGAGCAUGGCGGAUGUGUGGAUGAGUAUUUGAGAGAUCAGUUGGUUGUGUUUCAGGCACUUGCUGAGGGGGAGAGUCAUGUGUAUGGGGGGAAGAGGAAGGGCAAGCGCGCGGAACCGAGUUUACAUGCUAGGACUGCGCAGUGGGUGGCGGGAGAGAUACUUGGGGUGGAAUUUGAUGAGUGGGGUGGAUGUGAGGGUUUGGGAUAUCUGCCAGGCGAUCUGAGUGGUGAAGAUAUGGUGGGAAAAGGUGUAGCGAGAGGUUUGGAGAAGUCGAAUCUCUCGUCGUGA